UAUAUAUAACCCUCAGAGGGAAAUCUCCUUUCACAAACUGAGAGGAAAGAAACAAAGACAUGGAUUCAAAGGCUUUGGUUCUGUUCACCCUUCUUGGAUUCCUGUUUGUGGAGCCCGGGUUUGGACAAAGAGGCGACACGGACCUGAGUGAGUGGAUGAAAGCUCAGGAGAAGUUGAUCAACACACUGCAGGGCAAUCAGAAAGAUGUGGAAAGGCAACAGAGUGAUCUCCUGGCUCUGGAGGCCAGACUCAACGCAACUGUGGACGAGCUGGAGAGGCAGAAGGACGAGAUGGACAAACUGAAGAAAGAGAACCAAGACCUGCAAACAAGACUGAGUGCCUCAGGGGGAGAGAUUGAUAAACUGAAACGUAGUAGCAAAGCUGCUCCUCGGGUCGCUUUCUCUGUGUCUUUGGUAAACUCUGGUGAAAUUUACCAAGGGCCCUGCACUGACAAGACACUCAUUUUUAAAAGGAUCUUCUCAAACGUUGGCAAUGCUUACAAUCACAACACAGGAAUCUUCACAGCACCAGUAAACGGUCUCUACUUCUUCAGCUUCAACACCUACGGCUACAACACUCAUAUAGUGGGGGCCAUAUUAGUGAAGAACGCUGUCCGUCAAAUUUCCACCUACGAUUACCCGUCGACUGACGGCUCCGACAGCGGCAGCAACACUGCUGUUCUGCAACUGGCUGCAGGAGACAAGGUGCACGUCGAACUGUGGGAUAACAGCCGAGUGUUUGAUAACAUGAACGGACACACGACCUUCACCGGAUUUCUCCUCUUCCCACUGUAGAUGAUCAAACUCUGUGGUUCUUUCCUAAAAGUCUUUUAGGAAAAGUUUUAUAGUCUAUCAAAGAAGUGGAAAAACAAUAAACUCACGACCUUGUCUUCAUUGCA